CUGGCAGGAAGUGUGCAGGGUGGAGACGGGAAAUGGGGGACAGGCUGGGGUAGGGGAGGCCAGCACCACGGCGUCCACAUGCCUUUCAGAGGUGAGCAGCGAAGCAGACACAUGUGCAACUCGCCAGCCCAGAUGAACGUGGUGGGACAGCAGGAAAGAGCAUACACACGCCAGGCAGGGGUCCCAGCACAUCCCAGCCCCCCUCCCCUCCCCACGGUCCUUGCCAUGCUCCUGCCCCUGCUUCUCUGUCUCCUGCCGCCCCCUGGCGCCUGGGCGAGGGCCCGGGGCUCCCUGUCCAGAAAGUGCGGCCACCUGCAGUAUUGGCAACAGAAGAACCAUUCCUGCGUCUCCUGUGAGAAGGGCUAUGCACACCUGGUCCCACUGCGUGGGCAGGAGUUCACCGUGAACUGUGGCAUGAGGGACACAGGCGGCCGCUUCGCAACUCCCAGCCAGGCGUGUCCCCCCGGGUCCUUCAACGAUGGGCAAUUCCUGCUGUGCCAGCCCUGCUCCCGGUGCCCGCCCGGCACCCAGCUCAGCCCCUGCACCCCUCUGCAGGACACCCAGUGCUGCCCCCCUAGGCAGCGGCGGGGGCCGGCUGGGAGGUGCCAGCCCUGCUGCUUCCCUGACAAGCAGUGUCACCCUGAGGGCCGGGCUAACGUCGACUGCAGCAGCCCAGCGGAGGUAGGUGCCGGGGGUGGGGAGCCCGCAUCAGUUAGAGCGGGGGUCUGGGAGCCAGGACGCCUGGGUUCUAUUCGGACUUGGGCCAGGGCGGGGGGGGCGGUGUCAGAUGCGUUCAUUCCCAAUUGCAUGGCUCUGCCUUUCAGGCUCCCGGCGCCGAGUCUUCUGCCUCCCCUAGGUCCCCCACUUGGCUUCUGCCUUCAGAGGUACCGGGGGGCUCUGGCCAUGCCCCAGGCUCUGCUUCGGCCCCCACCUCUGGGACCCCUCAGUGCCCUGGAGGGCAUGAAUCCCGCAGGGACAUGGCAGGUAUGUGGGGUCUGUCAGCGACCCAGCUGGGCCAGACCGGGUCUGGAGUCACAGGGAGCUCCCCCCAUACCAGUACACCCACGCUGUGCCCACAGCGGCCCCUGCUGGCCAAGGCCAGAGCAGCCAGGAGCUGUCCCCAUGACCCACUGUCGCCCCCUUGCAGGCUAUGGUGGUUAUGUCGCUCUUCUGAUGCUGCUGCUGGUGCUGCUGGCUGGGACCUUUGCCCUCCUGGUCUGGAUGCAGCGUGGCCUAUGCCCACUCAUACCCCAGGCCUCCAGCCCCAUGGCUAAGCCCCAUCAGCUGCUUCCCCCCCAGAGUGCAGACAAGACAUCUGGCAUCAUAGCAUCCCCCGCUGGCCAUGCAGGCCUGUGGGGGGCACCGCUGCAGCACCUGCUGGACAACGUGGACGUGCUGGAGGAGCUGAUCAUGCUCCUGGACCCCGAGGGCAAGGCCGGGGGGGGGACCCGGCACCUGGCUGCGCGCUACGGCCUCUCGGCCACCUGGAUUGACUACGCCUAUUCCCUGCGCAGCACACGCAGCCCCCUGCGCGCCACCCUGGAGACAGUGGCUGCCCGCCAGCCCGAUGCCACGCUGGGGCAGCUGGCCGGGCUGCUGGCUGCCCUGGGGCGCAAGGAUGCCCUACAGGUGUUGGAAAGGGUGCAGGUGGGGGUGUGAGCUGCCUGCCUGGACUGACGCUCAGACCCCACCCCCACCAACCACAGGAAGGAAACAAGCCAGGACCUUGUUCACGCUGCCCUCUGCUCUCUAGCUGCACAGCCUCACUGCUCAGCCCCCCUCCCCAUGGCCGGGGGUGGGGGGGCAGGCCACUGGGAUUCCCAUCUAUCCCCCUCGGCCAGAAUCACAGAGAGCAUAGGACAGCUGGGUUUUCCGCUGCUAGCCUCUUCCCGAGGGGGGCUAUGCACCAAGAACCAUCAAGGAGCAUAGUUACAGUGAAGGCCAGGACACCUGGGUUGCCAGGGGGCCGGGGGCUGCAUUUGUCCCCAUGCUAGAGGAGGGUUGAGGGGCAAGCAGCCAGAGGGGCUGCCCUCCCCAACCUAGUCUCAGAGCCCAUGGUGCAGCCGGUCACAUCAAAGGCCAGCAGGAGGCGCCAAAGCCGCACUGGAGACCUUGACACCACCACCAAGCCCAGGAGACCGUGUCUGAUGCAGGCCAGGAGCGUCUGGGGCAGAGCAUCUGAGUAACUGCCACACUGCAGCAACCCAGGGUGACAGCUCGCCCAGCACUGAGAUGCAGCCACCUCUGGGAUGGGGCCAGCCCCUGCAAUGAACCCGGCCCGAGCAGCAGGCACAAGCCCUGAAGGUGUCUCGGGAGCCAGCGGACGCUGCCCAGUGGAACUCUGCCUGGAGGCGUGAGACGAGGGAGGAACGGAAAUGCGUCCCACAGUCGCAGAGCACCCCCUCGUCCAGCAUCCUGCUCCUGGUGUCAGAGAUGGUGACUUUGGCCAGAGCCAGGUGGAGGUGGCUGGGGAAGCAGCAGGGAGCUGUGGCUGCCCCAGGCCUGAGCCAAUGGAACAGAGGAGGCCCUGUUGCAGAGCAGGAGGGAGGAGCUGGGGCAGGCCUUUCCCAGCUGGGGCAGUGUGCCCAGACCCCCCCUCAACCUCUGGGCAUCUCCACAAAGCCCAUUUCCUCCCCACCCCCGCAUGAGAGCGCCCCCCCCCCCCUUCCCCUGGCACUUAUGCAAGGAAGAGCACAGCAUGUGAAAAUGACCAUUUAUUUAAAAUUAUACCAACGGGGCGGGGCCGGGGGGCACAGGGCCGACUCACCGCUUUAAAUAAAAAAGUGCAUAGAAAA